AUGGGAGACGAGGACACACCCGCACCGGAGGCUUUGGGAGAGCAGGUGAUGCCGGAUUUGGAAAAGUUCAUGGAAACGAUGAACACCAAGAUGAGUUCGGCCUAUGACAUGGUUGAGGUACUGGAAGACCCGUCCAACCCACCUCCCAUGGAACGCUACAAUGUGAAACUCAUCCAAACUAUCAUCUUCUUGGUGAUGCAUAUUUUCGUUUACAUGUCAAUAUAA